GGAACGAGUAAAGUUUACGGCAAAGAAAAGACUUACCCGAUCCCAAUCGCAGCUUUGCUGAACGGAGCGUUUGCGCAUUCUUUCGACUUCGACGAUACGCUCGCUAUUGGCAUUAUCCACACUGGCGCAAGUGUCAUUCCUGCGGCUUUAGCACAGGCCGAAGCUUCAGAUGCGCCAGGGACUCUGCUGCUCACGGCACUCUCGGUCGGGUAUGAGGUGGCUUCUCGUCUCGGUCGUGCCUUAUCGAGUGGUGGGUAUCCCCGAGGCUUCCAUAACACCAGCACAGCCGGCAUUUUCGGAGCGGUUGCCGCCAUCAGCAAGAUCAAGGGCCUGACGACUGAGCAAAUCUAUCAUGCAUUUGGUCUAGCUGGAUCAAAGGCCGCUGGUUCGAUGCAGUUCCUCGAUAAUGGAUCUUGGAAUAAGCGAUUGCAUCCUGGCUUCGCCGCCCAUGAUGCCUUCCUGUGUGUUGCACUCGCGGAGGCCGGCGUGACUGGGGCAUCUCACAUCAUUGAGGGCAAGUGGGGCUUCUUGCAGGCUCACUCUGCGAGUGUUAACGCUGUUGGGUUGACCGAGAACCUGGGGACGGAAUGGCUAUAUCCAGCAACAGCACUGAAACCGUUCCCCGCGUGUCGGUUCACUCAUACCGCCAUUGAAAUCACAGCUAAACUUGCCGCAAAGUCCGACUCACCGAAGCUGCCGGACAGGAUACUCGUAGGGUUGACUCGUGCUGGAUAUGGUAUCGUUGGCGAGCCCAGCCCCAACAAGAAGCACCCCAAAACCAUCGUUGAUGCUCAGUUCAGCAUCUACUAUCAAGUCGCCGUCGCGUGGCUAUUCGGUAGCGACAUCGGCUGGGGUGCCUACGAUGCCGACAAGAUGGAGAGCAAGCAGGUUGCACAGCUAUGUGAUAGGAUCGAGGUCGAGAUCAAUGACACACUCGAGAGGGAAUUCGAGGUGCGAAUGGCGUUUUCAGGCAUAGGUGGCGUAGGCGAUAUUGAAGAAGCGAUGGUAUUUCCCCUUGGUGAGAAUGAGCAUCCCUUUUCGCACGAGCGAGUUGAGAAGAAGUUUAGAGGCAUGGUCGCGUCUGUUUAUGAUGAGAAUCGUGCGGGAAAGAUCUUACAAGCUGUACAGGGGCUUUCCACGGGACAGUCGAAGGACCUGAUCGAUUUGUUGUGA